UAUGUCAUUCCCAGCUCAUUAUUCUUCAGAUGAGGUUUAUGAUGUAGUGGUUGUAGGAUCCUGUAUGACUGAUUUGGUCAGCUGGCCAGAGUUUGAAGUUAUCUCCUGAGGCACGACACCUGGAAACCUGAUAUUAGGAACUUGGCAAGAGCAUUUUACACCACGUUUACCUAAAGCAGGAGAAACCAUACAUGGACACAAAUUUUUCAUUGGAUUUGGAGGAAAAGGGGCCAAUCAGUGUAUCCAGGCAGCACGGCUUGGAGCCAAAGCGGCAAUGGUUAGCAAGGUUGGGAAAGAUUCAUUUGGAGAUAAUUACAUCGAAAACUUCAAAAAUAAUGGCGUGUCUACAGAAUAUGUGGGUCAAACAGAUGAAGCAUCGACCGGAGUUGCCCCUAUUACAGUGAACGACGAAGGACAGAAUGCAAUCGUUAUAAUAGCUGGUGCAAACCUGUUAUUGAAUUCGGAAGAUUUGGAGAAAGCUUCCAGAGUAAUCUGUUGUGCAAAGGUGGUUGUCUGUCAGUUAGAAAUUCGACCUGCCAUCACUUUAGAAGCCUUGAAAAUAGCUCACAAAGCUGGAGUGAAAACUAUCUUCAAUCCUGCACCUGCUGUUGCUGACCUUGAUCCUGAGUUCUACAAAGAGAGUGAUGUCUUCUGUUGCAAUGAGACUGAGGCAGAGAUUCUAACAGGCAUUGAAGUGUGCAACAUUGAGGAUGCUGGAAAGGCAGGCUCCAUUCUGCUGGAGAAGGGCUGCGGUUCGGUGAUCAUCACUCUGGGAGCAGAGGGCAGUGUGCUAAUGUCGCAGGGCAAACGGACUCCUCACUAUAUUCCCACAAAAAAAGUAAAGGCAGUGGAUACUACGGGUGCAGGCGACAGCUUUUUGGGUGCUCUGGCAUUCUACAUGGCAUAUUAUCCUUGCAUGGAACUGGAAGAAAUGAGCAGAAGGGCCUGUGACAUCGCUUCAGUGAGUGUUCAAUCACAAGGAACUCAAGCUAGCUACCCCUACAGAGCACAGCUCCCCCAGGAACUCUUUUAGAAGAAAGUAAAAUGAAGGAACAGACCAUUCAACUUGGUUCUAGCCAUUGCUCAUUUUAUUGAUUUUGUUUUUAAAUAACUGUUAAGUGUAAAUAAAAGUGUAAAAAUGA